GUGGCAGAGGCAGCCACGGUCCCUCCGGGCUGGGGAAGCGCAACUUCCCGGGGAACACUUGGAAUUUCCUGGUUUCUGCUGAUUGUUGAGGCCUAGGACGGCACCCCCAGCACGGCUCGGAGACCUGACAAUGUCUCUGUAUUGUGGAAUUGCUUGCAGGAGAAAAUCUUUUUGGUGCUAUCGGCUGCUGUCAACCUAUGUCGCUAAGACCCGGUAUUUAUUUGAACUGAAGGAAGACGAUGAUGCGUGUAGAAAAGCCCAGCAGAUGGGAGCAUUUUACCUCUUUCAUAACCUGGCUCCUUUGCUUCAGCAAUCAGAACAUCAGUACCUGCCCCCCCAGCACAGCCUAUUAGAGUUGGAAAAGCUCCUGGCUAAGUUUGGACAGGAUGCACAAAGAAUAGAAGAUUCUGUGCUGAUUGGAUGCUCCGAACAGCAUGAAGCAUGGUUUGCUCUGGAUCUAGGUCUAAAUAGCUCCUCUUCUGUAAAUGCUUCCUUACAGAAACCUGAAAUGGAGGCGGAGCUCCAGGGGUCUUUCAUUGAGCUGCGGAAGGCUCUCUUUCGGCUGAACGUGAAGGAUGCCUCCUUGCUGUCCACGGCGCAGGCUCUCCUCCGCUGGCAUGAUGCCCAUCAGUUCUGCAGCAGAAGUGGGCAGCCCACCAAGAAGAAUGUAGCUGGCAGCAAGCGUGUGUGCCCUUCCAGUAAGACCAUCUAUUACCCGCAGAUGGCUCCCGUGGUGAUCACUCUGGUGUCAGACGGGACUCGAUGCCUGCUUGCCCGCCAGAGUUCCUUUCCCAAGGGAAUGUAUUCUGCCCUGGCGGGUUUCUGUGACAUAGGUGAAACUCUGGAAGAGGCUGUCCAGCGAGAAGUUGCAGAAGAGGUGGGAUUGGAGUUGGACAGACUGCAGUAUUCUGCAUCCCAGCACUGGCCUUUUCCCAAUAGCUCACUCAUGAUUGCCUGUCACGCAAUUGUGAAACCAGGGCAGACGGAGAUCCAGGUGAACUUGAGAGAACUAGAAGCAGCUGCCUGGUUCAGUCAUGAUGAGGUGGUCGCAGCCCUGAAGAGAAACCGCCCAUACGCUCAGCAGCAGGAUGGGACUGUCCCGUUCUGGCUGCCCCCUAAGUUAGCCAUCGCCCACCAGCUGAUUAAGGAGUGGGUGGAAAAACCGACCUGCCCCUCCCUGCCUGCUUAGCUCAGAUCACCUCGGUCCCUCCUCAGUAUCCCGGGGGGAGGGAGGGCACAUCAAAGAUCUGCUGAAAAGGAGAAGGUGACAAAAGGCCAUCCCCAACCAAAUUCAUAUUAAGGCAGAGAAGGUGAGCCUACAGCAAGACAGCUCUACCAGCAGAGUUAAUGAAAGAAGUUCCUACUCCUAGGCAACCCGAAACGCCAGCGUGAGAAGAAAAGCGAAUGAGACGGCAAUUGUCAAAAUCAGAGGGAAGGUGAAGAAGCUCUACGUUAGAUGUGGGCCCUUGUUUACCCAUUCUCCCCGAGGCCUUGGGAGUAAACAUCUUUUGGCAUGUGGCUUGUUAAUGCUGGGUCGAUAUCUAACUGCCAAAAUGUGCCUGGUGUAAUUUCGGUUAAAACUUUUCUCUGAGUAUUGAAAAUAUGUAGCAAAUCUCAACCCACUGAAUUACUUUUUGUCCUCAUAGAAUGAAGACAAAUAGCACAACCUAACAUUUUUGAAAUCAUGUACAGGUAAUUAUUUUGUUCAUGGUAGUUAAAUAGAAGUCCUGUUUCUUUAAGUCACCUGAAGGGAUGCAGAAGGUGGGAGCUAAGGUCUCCCCAGGGUCCUCUGUAAUAAAUCGGGUGCAAUGAGGUUGUUGACAUAACUGCAUCCCAGUGGGCAGCAAGACUUCCUUUUUUGCUGUUACUUGCUCAGUUUGUACCGUAAGGAAGUGAUUAUCACUUUGCCAUUCGUUUCCCUAAGUGUAAAAUGGUUGCUGCUAUUUGCAUAUCCAGUAAGUGUUGUAAACACUUAAACUAAGGGAUUAGUGAGGAUGAACCAUUUCUUGAGUUUUACGGGACAAACUAAAUUUAGGAAUUCUCAUCAUUCAUAUAUGCCAUUUUAUACCUUGUCAUAGGGGAGAAGAAUUUAUCUGGAGGAAAUAAAAUAAAUUUAUAAACCUCUGUUUAGAUGUAUUUUUCUGUCUUAUGAAGAGAGGAAAUUGCAGAAAGUGAGAAUCUGGAGGGGGUGGGAGAAAAGGAAUCUCUGUAUUAGUGUGACAGGUGUUUAAGUCCAGGUUCCAAGCUGUGGAAACUGAAGCAGUGUGCAGAAGAAACGCUGUCGGAGGCCAGUUUAAAAAGAAUGGAUGUCUGGGGAAAGAGCUGUAUCCUCAGAUGAUUUCAGGUACUACCUUGUGAUUAAAUACAUGAGUGUCAGAAAACCUAAGAUGAUGCAUACAUCAAAGUUCCACAG